AUGCAAAAUAACAUUUCCAAAUCAGAUGAUUGUUUUACUUUAAACAACAAUACUGGGAUACAAUGUCAUACGCAACAACUAACAACAUCGAAUUCAUUUGUUCAUUCAAUUUUUAAUAAUGAACAAAUUGACACACUAUUAAAACGAUGGCAUCAGUUACAACAAGACAAAACUCAAUGUCAACAUAAUGAUGUUAAUCAAAUCAAAAAAGAAGAUAUUGAAUAUAAACUGAAGGAAUUGGAACUUCAAGAAGAAGUACAAUAUAAAUUAUUAGAAAAACUGCUCGAAAAACCAUUCAAAAAACAAGUUGAUUUAAAACCAUUAUAUUUGAUUGAAUUUUUAAAAUAUUAUGAACAAAAUGAACAACGAAAAUAUAAUGAACUUUUAAAAGAACUCGAAAAAUAUAAAUCUGAAGGACAAUCUAAUCAAUCCGAUCAGGUCAAUAAGAAUGAAUAUAUAUUCACAGACUUUAUUUCAAAUAAACGUCUGUAUCAAUCUCGUCAUUGUAGGAAUUGA